GGUCCGGCCAAGCAAUCGUUUGUAAUGCAAUCUUCCCAUCUUUUCUCCAAUUCAUCAUUAGUAUCAUCAUCGUCGUAAAGCAAACAAUUGGCUUUUGAGAAAUACACUAAAGCACCGUCAACAACAUCUGCCACUUAUACACGGCAACAGACCAACAACCUUUCAGGAUGCUCUCCUUCGUCAACUACACUCCUCGACCUCACCCCGAGCACAAGAACAAGGAACAUUGCCGGGUUCACUCUAACCCAUCAAACAUUCCUCGCGAUAUCUCCAACAAUACUCCAGCCACCGACCCCAAGUCUGCCAUCCCACGAUCUGCCGCUCCUCCUGCUCCAGCAGCCUGAGUGAGUUGACCACAGUUCAAUGCUUGCACAACAUAUGUCUUCAUGAAAUUCAACGUCUGAGGAUACCCGAGGAGUAAAAUGGUGUUUGUUUGGUAAACCAAUUGGUCGUAAUUUGGUGGACAAAAUGGGUUAAUUGAGUUGGAAUUACAAUUCUCACAAUGCAACUAGCUACAGAGAACUGUCA